AUGUUGUUGCAACUGAUACGCAAAUAUUCGAGCGGCAAAUUGUGGCAAGAAGUCGCUAUACCGGUACCGUGGGGCGAAAUCCGAGGCAAAUGGUGGGGACCCACUGACAUCAGGCCUGUUUUAACGUUACAUGGUUGGCAAGACAAUUGUGGCAGUUUCGACCGCCUCAUUCCUCUACUACCUGACAAUAUGAGUUUUCUCACUAUUGAUCUUCCUGGGCACGGGUACUCAUCUCGAUUGCCCUCGGGCCUGCAUUACAACCUGUCUUCGUAUCUGGUGACUUUAAAGUACCUUACUAACUACAUGAAAUGGAAGCAAGUCUCGUUAAUGGGACAUUCAAUGGGGGGACUGUUGUGCUACACCUACACAAUGAUGUAUCCGAAAAGUGUAGAUUUCCUGGCUUGCAUAGACGGAUUGAUUUUGUUCAACUACCUUGAUCUUAUGGCGAAGGCAAUUGAAGAUUUUCCUAAGAACAAUCAAUUUAGUUUUGACAAAGUUGAGUCUCCUAGUUAUUUUAUAGAAGAAAUUAAACAAAAAAUCCAUAAACCACAUGGAGGCUCAAUAGAUUUAACUAACACUGAGUUUAUAAUGCAUAGAAAUGUUGCCCUAAGCCAAACUAAUCCAGGCAAAUAUUAUUUCACUAGAGAUCCUAGACUUAAGUCUGUAGAUUUAUACACGUUUUCCCAAGAGGAAUAUAUAAGACACUCGCCCAACAUUUCCUGUCCAGUUUUCUUGUCCAAAUUCACUCAACGAAUGUUUGCCAAGGAAAUUUUCCAGGAAUUGAAGCGGGUGCUGCAAAAAUCGGAGGCUCAUAUUGUAGAAGGCACCCAUCAUGGGCAUUUGAAUAAUCCCGAAAGGCAUGCGGUGUUGUUAAAAGGGUUCUUUGAUCGGUUUGAAUUGGACAAAAAUAGAUCUAAGGAAGUUAGGGAGGAGAUUUUUGUUUAA